CAACCGUCCGUACGAUAAUUGCCCUAUCCGUGCCAUUUGCCCCUCUGAUGAUUUAGUACGCGUUGAUCAUGAUGAUGCUCAUGUAAAGAAGACAACCUCUGUACCACAAUGACAUCAAGAAGUGAAAAUCAGAAGAAAUUUCUUGAGAAUGUGCAAAUUGAUCUCAGAAAUCUAUCUCAAGAAGCAAAGAAGAAAUUUCCACAGCUAAAAGAUGCCUGCGAGGAGGCCAUCGUGAAGGUGCGCGGCGGACUGGCCAACCCAGACGUGACCCUCCCCCACAUCAGCGCCCACAUUCUCUACCCGCUGGUGCAGGGAUGCGAAACCAAGGAACCAAAGAUUGUCAAGCAAUGUCUGGGCACGAUCCAGCGGCUGGUGCUGCAGCAGGCGGUGGACGCAAAGGGCGCCGGGUACAUCACCGAGACUGUCUGGGGCCUGAUGAAGGCCAACAUCGAGGAGGUCAAGCUGCUGCAGACAGUGACACUGCUGCUGACCACCAGUGCCGUCGCCCAAGGCGACACACUGGCCAAGGCUCUGGCGCUGUGCUUCCGGCUGUGCUUCUGCAAGGACUCGACGAUCAUGAACACGGCCGGCGCCACGGUGCGCCAGCUUGUGGCGCUCGUGUUCGAGCGCGUGCUGACGGAGGACGGCCGUAGCCCGUCCGACCAGUCGUCACCGAGCCAGCCGGCGGACAUGGAGCACCUGAAGAUCGCCAGCGGCUCGGCGCCGAAGACGCUGCGGCCGGCGGCGGCGGACGCCUAUCUGCUGUUCCAGGACCUGGUACAGCUGGUGAACGGCGAGCAGCCCUUCUGGCUGGCCGGCUUAACCGAGAUGACGCGCACGUUCGGUCUAGAGCUCAUCGAGUCCAUCCUCACUUCGUUCCCCGGUGUCUUCUACAAGCACCCCGAGUUCAACUUCCUGCUGAAGGAGCGCGUGUGCGCCAUGGUGAUCCGGCUGUUCUCGCCGAACCUGAAGCACCGGGGUGCGGCGCCGGCGCACGCGGCGCCGCCCAGCCCGCAGGACAAGCCGUACUUCCCGAUCAGCAUGCGGCUGCUGCGCGUGGUGUCGGUGCUCGUGCAGAAGUUCUACCCGCUGCUGGUGACCGAGUGCGAGAUCUUCCUGUCGCUGGUGGUGCGCCUGCUGGAGCCGGACAAGCCCGUCUGGCAGCGGGCCGUGGCGCUCGAGGUCAUCCACAAGCUGUCCGUGCAGGAGGACAUCCUCACCAGCUUCUGCUCCAGCUACGAUAUGAAGCCGCACUCCACCAAGAUCGUGCAGGACAUCGUCAACAGCCUGGGCGCGUACGUGCAGAGCUUGUUCGUGCGCGACUCGUCGGGCGCUUUUUCCUCGGCCGCAGCGGGCUCGGCCGUGACGCAGGGCCAUCCGCCGUCGCUGCUGGCCGGCCUGCCGGUGGGGCCGGGCGUCACGCCCCAGCCGGCCUUCUACUACCGCGGCGUCUGGAUCCCGCUGGCCGUCUCGUUCCCGCCCGGCGCCACCAAGGCCACCUACCUGGAGAUGCUGGACAAGAUCGAGCCGCCUGUCGUGGCCGAGGGGUACGGCGCCUCGGUGGCCUACACCUGCCUCAUCGAGAUCGUCCGCUCGCUCUCGCUCAUCACGGAGCGCGCCCUGCCGGCGGCGGCGGCGGCCGACGCUGGCGCCGCCCCGGCCGCGGCGGCGGACACGGGCCGCGAGCUGAGCUGCCAGCUAGUCAACUCCAGCUGGUGCGGCCUGCUGGCGGCGCUCACCGUCCUGCUGGAGGCCAGCACGGACGAGUCGGCGACCGAGGCGAUCCUGAAGGCGAUGCAGACGCUGGCGCAGCUGGCCGGCCGGCUGGAGCUGACCACUCCGCGCGACGCCUUCAUCACGGCCGCCUGCAAGGCCUCGUUGCCGCCGCACUACACGCUGACCGUGCUGAACCCGCAGCGCUCGCCGACGCACGGCCAGGCGCCGGCGGCCGCCGCGCCGCCGGCCGCCGCCGACGGCCUGGCGCGGCAGCAGGUGGUGGCCGUGGGCACGGCGCUGCCCACCGCCUCGCUACCCGCUGCGGCGCACCAGGGCCCGGUGAUGCUGACGGCCAAGAACCUGCAGUGUAUGCGCGCCAUCCUGGCUCUGGCGCACUGCCACGGCGCCAUCCUGGGCUCGGCCUGGCACCUAGUGCUCACCACGCUGCAGCACCUGGUCUGGAUCCUGGGCCUGAAGCCGUCCACGGGCGGCUCGCUGAAGGCGUGCCGGCCGGCCGCCGGCAGCGGCGCCGGCGGCGGCGGCGCCGUGCUCGCCGACCUGCCCGUGCUGUCAGCCAUGCUGUCGCGCCUGUUCGAGUCGAGCCGCUACCUGGACGAGGUGGCGCUGCAUCACCUGAUCGACGCGCUCAACCAGCUCAACCACGAGUCUAUGGAGCUGGCCUUCUCCAACCGGGAGCCGUCGCUGUUCGCCGUGGCCAAACUGCUGGAGACGGGUCUGGUGAACCUGGACCGGGUGGAGGUGUUCUGGCGACCGCUCACCUCCCACCUGCUCGACGCCUGCCAGCACCCGCACCUGCGCAUGCGCGAGUGGGGCGCCGAGGCCGUCACCACGCUCACCAGGUCGGCGCUGCAGCACACCUAUCCCACCCCGCUCAAGGACAACCAGAGGCUGCAGACGCUGCUGCUGACGCCGCUGCAGGAGAUGUCGACCGUGCCGCAACCAGACAUCCGGCAGCGGCAGCUGGAGUGCACGCUGCAGGUGCUGCAGAGCUGCGGCGAGCGGCUCUCGCACGGCUGGCCGCUCGUGCUCACCAUCAUCGGUGCCGUCAGCGACCGACACACGGAGCAGCUGGUCCGGCUGGCGUUUCAGUGUCUGCAACUGGUGGUGACGGACUUUUUGCCGGUGAUGCCCUGGAGCUGCCUGCCUCCCUGCGUCGACACCGUGGCCAAGUUCGGCUCGCAGACCCAGGAGCUGAACAUAUCGCUCACCGCCAUCGGACUCAUGUGGAACAUCUCCGACUACUUCUUCCAAAGCCAGGACAAGCUGCGCAGCUGCCUGACGGCCGAGUCGGGCGUGUUCCCCGAGUUCCCGGGCGUGCAGAACAUGCCGCCGUUCGACCGCCUCUGGAUGUGCCUGUUCGCCCGGCUCGGCGACCUGUGUGUGGACAGCCGGCCGGCCGUGCGGAAGUCGGCCGGGCAGACGCUGUUCUCCACCAUCGCGGCCCACGGCUCGCUGCUGCAGCACAGCACCUGGCAGGCGGUGCUCUGGCAGGUGCUGUUCCCGCUGCUGGACAAGGUGCGGACCCUCUCUGGCUCGGCUAGCACCGAGAAGGACGACACGGGCGGCAACAUCCUGAUCCACCACUCGCGCAACACGGCACACAAGCAAUGGGCCGAGACACAGGUGCUGACGCUGUCGGGCGUGGCGCGCGUGUUCCACUCGAAGCGCUCCAUCCUGUCGGCGCUGGCCGACUACCAGCGCGCCUGGGCCCUGCUGCUCGAGUUCAUACAGAACGCGGCGCUCAACGAGAACAACGAGGUGUCGCUGGCCGCGCUUAAGUCCUUCCAGGAGAUUAUGUCGUCGAGCAAGGCGGGCGCGGACGCCGCGGACGUGGCGCUCCUGCAGGAGGAUGAGGCCCAGGUCAACUGGAGCGCCGCCUGGCGGGUGUGGCACAGCAUCGGCAGUGGCGUGACCGAGCCGCCCCCUCCCGGCGGCCCCGCCUCCGACGUGUUCGUGCCGUCCCAGCCGUUCCUGACGGCGCUCGUGCAGAUCUUCCCCGGCAUGUUUCAGCAUAUCAAGUCCAGGUUCCACUCAGAGGACCUGGCCACGUUGUGCGCCAUCCUGGAGCGAGCAGUGGCCGUGCCGGUGCACGGCGAGGCGUCGCCCUUCAUCCUGCCGUCGCUGACCGAGGUGGUGCUCACUAAGCUGCAGGAGGCCGUGCUCGCCUGCCUCGACACUGUGGAGCAGGGGGCGCUGUCGGGCGCGGAGCCAGUAGGCCAGCUGGUACCGGCGCUGUUCGACCAGCUGCUGACCUUCUCCCGGUACGGCUGCCGGGCGCCCUCCUACGGCGACGUGGCCACGCGGCCGGCCGGCCUCGUCAGGAGCAAGACGACCGACUGGGUGGCGAUGAACUACGUGCCGUUCGCCGAGGCCACCAUGCGCCGCGCCACCGCCCUGUACCGCGCCACGGCGCGCCGCACCGACGUCAUCGAGACGCACGUGCUGGAGAAGAUCAUCCAGACGCUGGAGCUGCCGCUGUCGCUGAAGUACGCCUGCCCGGCGCCGACCACCUGGCGGCUCGCCGUCGGCUGCCUGCUGGACGUGCUGAAGGAGGGCCUGGUGACGGCGCGCCAGUACCGCCAGCACAGCCAGAACGUCUGGCCUCGGCUGGCCGCCUGUCUGGAGGCGUUCCUCUUCUCACAGAGCGAGCCACCGUCCAGCCUGACGCCGGAGGAGCAGCAGGCGGACGAGGCGCUGGACUGCGAGGUGGUGCGGCUCAUCCGCGAGGACGUGCUGCCGCACGCGGCCGUCGUGCCCGGCCAGUUCCUCGUGUCGGUCAUGGUGCUGCUCAACAAGGGCUCGCUCCACUCGGCGGAGCACGAGAGUCUCGAGAACGGCACGGCGCGGCUGCGCGAGGACCUGGCCAACGCGUGCUUCGAGACGCUGCUGCAGUUCUCGCUGCAGCCGGGCCCGGCGGCGGCGGCGCGCGCCUCGGCCGACGGCGGCGUCACCUCACAACUAGCGGUCGCGGCGCUCGUGCACCGCUUCCGCGAGGUGCUCGUCGGCUUCGUGGACGACGGCAAGCUGGCUGGAAAGUGCCCGCUGCCCAGGCACCGCAUGGCCGAGAUAUCGUUUGUGCUGAGAGCCAUCACCUCACUCAUCUCCUCCCUGAAGAAGGUGGACCCGAACACAGUGGACGAGAUGACCUGGCAGCAGCUGGUGGGCCUGUACCCGCCGCUGGUCAGCUGCACGCUGCUGGCCUCGGACCAGGUGGGCCGGCCGCUGCACGACGCCCUGCUGCAGUACGCCGACCUGCUGCGGCCGCCGCCCGCCGCCGCCGCCGCGCACAACGGCCGCUCGUAG